UUAUAUAUAUACAUAUUAUAUAUAUUUUAGUUUUAUUUUAUUUUACAUUAUCCUUAUUCAAAUCCUUUUUCAUCUUUUAUUAAAAUAAAAUAAAACUAUCAUAUAGCAAUGCAUAUUCUCCUUAAAGAUAGAAAAUUGCCUAAAGAGGAACCAGGCAAUUAUAUGCUUAACUUUCCCUAUCAAAUAUCAUUAAAAUCAGCAUGUAAUAUGUCAGAUCCAAGUAUUCUGAGCUCAAUUAGUAGCUCUAGUCUGCGUUACAGUGACAUGACAAGUUGCUCCUCAUUGUCUGUUGAACCUACACUGUCACAAAAAGAUAUUGAUCAAUUUGAUAUCAUUGACAGUCUUGACUAUGAUGAUAUAGAUGAUAAUAUUAUAGAUCAAGAAAUAAUGCAUCAGCAAAGAGAAGCUUUAAUUCGAAAAUUAUACGAUACAGAAAAAAAUUAUUUGCAAAUCCUGGAUUUGGUUUUGAAUUCAUUUAUUAUGCCCUUAAGAAAGAAUAUCAAUAAAUCCUCGCUUAGCUUUUUAGGAUUAAGAAAACCGCCUUGUACUGAAAGAGAAAUAAAUUGGUUAUUUAGUAACUUUGAAGAUCUUCACAAAGUUCAUUUUGAUAAUUUAACAAGUCUAGAUGACCGCUUAAGCAUUUGGGGGCCGACCCAGAUCAUUUCGGAUGUUAUCCAGACAUGGUUUACAAGUCUACAACAGCAAUAUCAUAUCUACUUUGAUCAUUAUGAUAUUUUAAUUACAACUUAUGAAAGACUAUCAAGAUAUCAGCCUUUUAAAAAAUUUAUUGAGACUAUAAUGAAGAAUGAUACUUUAAAAGGCACUACAUUAUUAUCAUUAUUACAAUCUCCUGUUAGUUGUAUUCAACGUUAUCAAGAUAUAUUAACAACUUUGGCCGAUAAUACUUCACAGAUGCAUCCUGAUUAUAUCGGCUUAAUGCAAUGCAAAGCUCGAAUUCAGAAUAUUGCAGCAGAAUUCAAAUUCAAAAUUGAAGAUUGUAAAAAUGUAGAUCAAGUUUAUAACAUAUUACGUGUAAUGAUAGGCCAUCCUUUUAGUGUCAAGGCCGAAAGAAGACUACUCUACCUAAGAAACAAGUUUUCAAGUAGCAGUAAUCGUUCCUAUUUUCUAUUCUCGGAUAUCUUUGUAAUUGCUAGACGAAAACAUUCGGGUAUCUUACAAUAUAAAGGUCAUAUUGUAUUAGAUCGAGCUAAAGUACGUGCACUUACAAAAGAAGACGAUUGGUCGAUAGAAAUUUCUUCCCCCUUUCAAGGCGUUGAUUCAUUAAAUACAACCUUUAUGGUUUCACCUACAAGUCAUAUCAUCUCCACUUACAGUCAAGAAGAACAGACUAAAUGGAUUCUUUACCUAAAAAAUACCAUUGCUAACAUCAGUCAACAGAAUAAAAUUAUGAUAAAUAGCAGCAAGACUAUAACCUCGUCUCCAACGCAUUCAAUAAAAAGACAAAAUACUAUAACUUCAAGUAGUGAAUCAAGCACUAGUUCCUAAAUUCAUUUAUU